UAGAGGGUGACAAUUUGGACAGAGUCACUCCUGUGAACAGACUAAUCAUCAGAUUAAACAGCACAAACUCUAAGACAAGCAGGACUGCGGUGACACAGGGGAACUUGCAAAGCUUUAAAGUUGAGAACUGAGAAGCAUCAAGCUCAAACUCUGUGUUUAGAAUUGUAGUUUUGGACCCAUUUUUUUAUUUUUUUUUAUUUGUCCUGCUCAGCCAAGAUGGAUUCUGACGCUGGCUCCACCUGCAGCCGCUCUUCAUCCCCAGACCUGGUGGUGGACGACUCAGCUGGGAGCUUCUUCUCCAACAAGAUGUUCCAGACAUACUGCCAUGAAAGCAGAGCAGACAGCGAGACCAGCCACGGAAGGAUGGGGCGCUGCAGUGGCGAGGGUAAGACCAAGAGCAGGUCUGAACCCGGCAAGGACGAGGUGCAGGACCUGAGGCUGAAAGUCAACAGUCGUGAGAGGAAAAGGAUGCACGAUCUCAACCAGGCGAUGGACGGCCUGAGAGAGGUCAUGCCCUACGCUCAUGGCCCAUCCGUCCGCAAGCUGUCCAAAAUCUCCACCUUGCUGUUGGCCCGCAACUACAUCCUCAUGCUGUCCAGCUCUUUGGAGGAGAUGAAGAAGCUGGUGGGUGACGUUUAUGGUGGCAGCGCUGCGGUCCAGAGCCGCAGCGCUGCCCACCCAGCCUCACGCCCUUCAAUCAACCCUACAACAACAGCCCAUCUCCCUCUCCAUCCACUGGCCCAGUCCCUGCACUCCCUGGUGGCCAGCACGCCUUCCACUCUGCAGCAUCAUCACUCAUCUUCUCCUGCUUCAGCCGCAGCGCCACAUUCCCCUCCUACUGCCAGCUUCCUGGGCUUUCAUGGUCCAGUGCAGGGCCUCCUGAAGGACCCCCUCCACUUGACCAGCUCGUACAGGCACUUCCCUGGCAUGCCUUGCCCCUGCUCACUCUGCCAGCCUUUGCCCACAACUACCUCCACAUUGCACAGCCUGACUAUGAACAAGUGAGGGGGGUCCCUCUACCAAGCAGUUCACAGAAAAGUGUUCAACAAACUGAAAUAUUGGCUUGUGCCAUCCUUUGUACAUAUUGUCUAUAUCUCCUGCCUCCUGCCAUGUUAACUGCUGCUAUUUUCUCUCGAUUUUCAGUUGUUUAUAUAGAAAUAUUGUAAAUGCACAUGGGAUUUUAUCACAAGAGCAAAGACUCUAAUUUAUCUGAUAUUUGUGAUGAUGAGAAAAAAAAUGUCAGAAAUGGAACCAAUUGUGCAGGAUUUCUAUUUUCCUAAAUUAAAUCUUUUUUUAA